AUGGAGUCUAAGUGUGCAGAUGAACAUCAGAUCCGGAAAAAGCUGGGGCAACUGAGAUGUCACUUCACGUGGCAGCUGUUAAUUGAAGACUCCGAGGUGUCUGACUUAGAAGAGAGGAUCUCAGAAGAGAUUCAAUUUCUAGAGACCAGCUACAAUGUGGGAAUUCACAAUCUAUUGGCCUAUGUGAAACACCUACAAGGCAAGAAUGAAGAUGCCCUGGAGUGCCUGGAAGAAGGUGAAAAUUUGUGCCAGAGAGACCAAGCUGAUGAACCAGAUGUGAGAUGCCUGGUGACCUGGGGCAACUAUGCCUGGGUCUAUUACCACAUGGGCAGAUGGGAAGACACACAGAAGUACCUGGACAAGGUGCAGGAGAUUUGCAACAGGUUUGAAGAUUCUUCCCGCUAUAGAGUGGAGUGUCCUGAGAUGGACUGUGUGGAAGGAUGGGCCUUGCUGAAGUGUGGAGGAAAGCACUAUGAACGGGCCAAGGCCUGCUUUCAAAAGGCUCUGGAAGUGGACCCUGAAAACCCUGAAUUCAACACUGGCUAUGCAAUUGUCACCUACCGCCUGGAUCACGCACCCAGAAGACUAAGCAAUAUCAGUGAGGCCUUCUCCCUUCCUCCCCUCAGAAAGGCCAUCAGCCUCAACCCACAAGAUGGGUACCUGAAAGCUCUCCUUGCUCUGAAGCUGCAGGAUGUGGGAGAGGAAGCAGAAGGACAAAUGCACCUUGAAGAAGCUCUGACCCAUGGGUCCUCACAGACCUACGUGUUCCGGUACGCAGCCAAGUUUUACCGCAGACAGGGUCAUCUAGAUGAAGCUCUGAGUAGGAAUGCUGAUGAUCAUCUGAUCAAAGAUGCCCUGGAGCAGCUGAGAUGUCACUUCACAUGGCAGCUGUUCAUUGAUGAUGCUGAAAUACGUGAGUUAGAAAGCAGCAUCUCAGAAGAGGUUCAAUUGCAACCCGAAUACAGUGAGGGACUACACAACCUACUGGGCUACAUGCAACAUCUACAGGGCAGGAAUGACGAUGCCCUGGAUAGUUUGAACAACGCUAGAGAGUCACUCAAGAGAGAGCACAUUGACCAAUCAGAUGUGAGAUGCCUGGUGACCUGGGGCAACUAUGCCUGGGUCUAUUACCACAUGCGCAGAUGGGAAGACACACAGAAGUACCUGGACAAGGUGCAGGAGAUUUGCAACAGGUUUGAAGAUUCUUCCCGCUAUAGAGUGGAGUGUCCUGAGAUGGACUGUGUGGAAGGAUGGGCCUUGCUGAAGUGUGGAAGAAAAAAUUAUGAAUGGGCCAAGGCCUGCUUUCAAAGGGCUCUGGAAGUGGACCCUGAAAACCCUGAAUUCAACAAAGGCUAUGCAAUUGCCGCCUACCGCCUGGAUCACGCAGCCAAAGAACUAAACAAUAUCAGUGAGGCCUUCUCCCUUCCUCCCCUCAGAAAGGCCAUCAGCCUCAACCCACAAGAUGGGUACCUGAAAGCUCUCCUUGCUCUGAAGCUGCAGGAUGUGGGAGAGGCAGCAGAAGGAGAAGAGCACCUUAAAAAAGCUCUGACCCAUGGGUCCUCACAGACCUACGUGUUCCGGUAUGCAGCCAAGUUUUACCGCAGACAGCGUCGUCCAAAUGAAGCUCUGAGGUAUUUAGAAGAGGCCUUGAACGCAACACCCAACUCUGCCUCUCUUCAUCACCAGAUGGGACUUUGUUAUAGGGAUCAAAUGAUCCAAAUAAAGAAGUCUACCAACUGGCAGCCUCAAGACCAGAGCAGAAGAGAUGUGGACAGAUUGAUUCAAUUAGCUAUAGACAAAUUUAAAACGGCUACAACACUAAAGCCCACAUUUGAAAUGGCUUAUGUUGACCUCGCUAAAAUGUAUGCAGAAAUAGGCCAGUACGAAGAGGCUGAGGAACUUUUUCAGAUAGCACUAAGCAUCAGAAACAUCGAGGAUCACAUCCUGCAAGACAUUCAUUACCACUAUGGCCAAUUUCAACAGUAUCAUAGGAAAUCUGAAGACAAAGCAAUCACUCAGUAUUUAACAGGCUUAAGAAUAGAAAAGAUGUCCUAUGCCAGGGAAAAACUCCUCAAGGCUUUACAGAAAGUGGCAGAAAGAUGGGAUAGGCAAGAGGUACGAGUUGUGGAAGCCAAAAGCCUCCUUGGGCUCAUUCACAAAUUGAGAGGAGAGCUGAUGGAGGCCCUGCUGUGUUAUGAGGAGGCUCUGAGGCUGGCUGCUGACCUCAAUGCCAUGUUCUGAAAUGG